GUAGAACCAAAACAGACAUGUAAGACACCGCUGUAGACUCAGCUCCGCGAGUCUCACUCGGUGGACGAGAUGACGAGAUGUGUAACAGAUGCAGUUGAGCACAUCAAAUCCGCGAAAGAAAAAAAUGAAGUAAAAAUCGAGCCUUUGAACCCUUGCAUUUUCCGCCGAGAUACACCUGAAAAUGUCUGUUUUGGCAAAGUCGAGGGUGAAUCGAACAACACGGACUCCCUUAAAGUCAUAUCAUAUUCUGCCCUCACUACUCAGGAGCUGGAACAAUUAGAGUGGCAAUUGAAGGUGUCCGAAAACAAGCGAUUGCAUGCAGUGGCAUUUGUCGAAGCUAAUCAAGAGAAACAAAGCACGUUGGAGAGUACAAUCAAAGACAUGGAACUUUUGAUCAAAGAUUUGAAAUCUAAAGGUUUGAAGGUGGAAAAUCAGACAGAGAGUGUCGAGGGGAAGUGUUUCAUGUUGUCCGAUGAGUCCAAUGCAGAGCUUUGUUGAGCAAAUCAAUUUUCCGAGGCUGACGAGGCGAAGGAGACUGCAAAAGAUAUUAGGGUCCGGAUGAAAUUGAUCACAGAAUUAGUGAUGCAGUUGACUCUCGAGAGAGAGAACGCCUUUGUAAGCAGGUUCGUACAAUUGUUUACACAUUUCAUUGAGUUGUUUGCUAGCAAACAAGCAUUUUAUGUCCUUUUUUUAUUAUUAUUGUUUUGAUGUCCAUUUUCCCUGCCUUUCCCCUCCAAAAUGGUGUUGUAAGGUAGUUCGAGAAUGUGAAUGAACAAAUUAUGUUUUCCUCCAAAUUUGGAAGAGCUAUUCAUCAAAGCUUAUAAAAUAAAAACCAAAAUUUAAGAUCUCU